AUGUUCUCGCUACCCAAGAGGCUCAUCUUCGGCAGCCAGUCCAAGAUCGACUUCAAGCUGGACCAGCUCGACGGCAUUGCAAGGCUCUACUCGGAGCGUCAUAUCCCCUACCACGACUCCAAGUACUGGUCUCGCUUCCUUCAGCUCGAUUCGGCUUCCGACGUCUUUUCACUCCUCUCCUUAGCGGACCUCAGACGCGUUCGCAGAGAUGCACCCGAGAAUGUCGUCACCUUGGUUAGGGUCAUGGUCGCCCACCUUGACAGUCUCCUGCUCGAUCCACUGUUUGAGCCGCCGCCACCGCCCGAGAGCGUAGUAUCAAAUCAAGAACGCCUAUCGUCACGACUUAAUGGCCUUACCAACGGCCUGACAGAUGUCUCCAAAUGGAAGGUGCCUGGUGCCGCUCUAGUUGGCUUCGAGGCGGCUCAGAAUGCAUCGGGACCAUCCCAGAGGGACCGCACAAAGGAGGCGCUCAACGUCAUCCGUAUCCUGACCAGAACCUUGCCCGCUGUGAUGGAGUCAGACGACGAAGCGUUCGAGCAUCAAGCCUUGUGGACCGAAGCUCCCGAGGUCCGCACCGAGGCCGCAGCUUCCCAGAGCACCGCCGUCUCCGGAAACGACACCGGCACUCACGAUGACAAGCGGGACACUUCUGCGCAAUUUGUCAUCGACGACGAGGAAGACGAAGACGAGAGUGAAGGCAAAGUCGAAGCUGCUGAUCAUCCGCUCAGCUCCGCGAACGAAACCGUCGACAAGGAUGACGCGCAAGAGGAACCAAUACCAAUCGCAUUGGGAGAACGCUUGUUGCGAAUCACUGUCGACCUCCUCUUCUGCUCCGGCUUCACCCUGCCUUGGACAGAAGACGAUCUGGAACAGUUCAAGGCCAACUCGCUACCACGGCGCAUCAACUACUCCAUCUGGGAAGCCGGUGUCGGAAGCUCAGUCGAUCUCCCGGGCACAACUCGCUUCCAUGUGUCCAACAGAGUCGAGGUGUUGCGCCUCUUGCUCGUUCUACUGUCCAAGUCCGUCUAUAUACCCGCAGCCAGACAGCUGUCCGAGGUCGAGCCAGCACUCAAGUUUGCUGUCCAAGACCUGGACAGGAGCACCAUGCUUCCGCUCCUCUGCAGUCUCAUCAACACCAGCAUCACCAACGCGCGCAACUCCACAUCAGCUUGGCUCGGUCUGCCCAACGUCAGUGGUCUUGUCGGAUCGAACGACGAAGUGCGCACCAGCCUUGUCACCAUGUCGCUGCAGGUCCUCGACCUCCUGCUCACCUAUGAUGCGCCGCUUCCGGGAGACGCGGACACCGUAAGCCUCAGCACCGUCGGACGACCACUGCCGGGCCCCGGAGGAAGCAACGUCUUCCGCUUCUAUCUCAGCAAGCUCCACCGCACUGCCGAUUUCGACUUUAUCUGGUCUGGUCUCGCCAAGUCCUUCAACGAGCAUAUCAGCUCCACCAUCCAGAUUCUCGCCAUCCCCAUCCCGACAGGUGGGCAAGGACGGAGAGCUGCAGAGACGAGCUGGCAGCUCAGCCAGGUCGCUGAGCGUCUCAUCCUCCUGUGGCGCUUGCUCGAGCACAACUACAAGUUCCGACUGUACGUGCUCGACGACGCAAAGCGUGCACCUGAGCUUCUGACCAUCUUGCUCUACUUUUCUCUCACCUACAAGGACAAUGUGGCGCUGCAAGGGCUUGUGCGACUGUGCGCAUUCAUGCUGCAAGACGUCUCGAGCGAGCGCGCCUUUGCGGUCAAUCUGGCCAAGCCGGGCAGUGCAACCAAGGUUCAACUCCCCAAUCGGCUGGGCCUCCUCGCUGGUAACACGGCCAUCGACUCUCUCGUUCAGGGUGUCUACUCGCUCGUCGCGACUACGAAGGGUCAGCUUGCGUCGCUCUACGCUCCGCUCAUCAUCUCUCUCAGCAACACAGCGCCGGUAUGGCGGUCUCUCAGCAUCACGGCAUCGACUCGCGUCAUCCACCUGCUCCGAUCCUUCUCUCAGCCGUCGUUCCUUCUCUCGGAGGAAGGCAAUCCGAGAUUGCUCUUCUACGUGCUCGAGACGAUCAAUGCCGUGUUGACGUUUGGUUACAACGCCAACGUCAAUCUUGUCUAUUCGCUCGUUUUGGCGAGAGGUCUGAUCGAUGCACUGGAGAGCUUCUCGCUCAAGAAGGGCGUCGAGAAUGUUUGGAAGAGGCGAAGGGCGGUGGGGACGGAUACCAGGGACUGGUUCGAGAACGCGCCGCGUCUCGAAAAGCCGCCGCUUCCGCCUGCGCCGUCAUCGACACAGAGACCUGCGGACGCAGACGUCAAUACGGAGAAGGAAGCGGUCGCAGACGACGAUGGUGCUGCGGCAGAGCCAUCUUCGGUGACCAAAGGUAAGAUGCGACGCAUCUCGGUGUCUUCAAGCGAUCUUCAGGCAGCAGCCGCACCCACGCCAGUAGGAUGGGAAGGCGAGCUGUCCAAAUACUCGCUCGAAGUAGUGGAGGAAGCGGCGGCGCAGUACAUUGGCAAGCACGGUUUUCGCCCGACGCAAGCCUGGGUCGAGUCGUGGCAUCAAGGCCUACCGCUCGCCGCACCGCGUCUGGUGAUCGACCAGCUCCUGCCGGAGAUCGAGCGGAUUGCAGCGGGUGGCGCGGUCAGAGCCGGGGCCAACGGCAGCAACGUCGAGAUCACGGGCGGCGAUACGGACGCGCGCGUGCUAGCGUUCUUACGAGAACAGCCCAUGUCGGAGUACCUGCCGCCGCCAGAGGGCGGGAUCCAUGCGAGAGGAUGGCAGUGGACAGACCAGGCGACGGUGUGGUUGAGGAGCUACUUGUGGGGCACGAUCUACGUCUCGGGUCUGCUGCCGUACGGAUUGUGGAGCGAUACGGAUGUGAGGCUGUUUAGGAUUCAUGGUGCUGCAGGGGAGGGGAGAGGGGAGGUGAGGAGGUCGAAUUCGGCUUUGGUUCCGACGGCUGCUCCAGAUGGAAAUGGGUCGCAUAGAUCAUCAAUUGCCGGGUCGGAGAGUCAGGUUUCGACACCGACGACCUCGACGUAG